AUGUCUGUCACCGUUUGCCAGUCCAUGGGCUUCGUGGUGUCUGCCCUGGGGAUAGGAGGCAUCGUCGCCUCCACCUGCAUGGACCAGUGGAGCACCCAAGACCUGUACAACAACCCCGUGACCGCCGUCUUCAACUACCAGGGCCUGUGGCGCACCUGCGUGCGCGAGAGCUCCGGCUUCACCGAGUGCCGCGGCUACUUCACCAUCCUGGGGCUGCCAGCCAUGUUCCAGGCUGUGAGGGCCCUCAUGAUCGUGGGGAUCGUCCUGGGCAUCCUUGGCCUCCUGGUGUGCAUUUUUGCUCUGAAGUGUAUCCACAUUGGCAGCAUGGAGAACUCAGCAAAAGCCAACAUGACUCUGACCUCUGGCAUCAUGUUCAUUGUUGCUGGCCUGUGUGCCAUCACUGGAGUGUCUGUGUUUGCCAACAUGCUGGUCACAAACUUCUGGAUGUCCACAGCCAACAUGUACCAGGGAAUGCAGAACGUCCAGAACAGGUACACCUUUGGCUCAGCUCUCUUCGUUGGCUGGGUGGCAGGAGGCCUGGCUCUCGUAGGGGGCAUCAUGAUGUGCCUGGCUUGCAGAGGGCUGCUGCCAGAAGAGUCUCGGUACAAGGCGGUGUCGUACCACGCCUCGGGCCGGAACAUCUCCUACAGGACGGGGCCCUACAAGGGUGGCUCCGGGUAUGAAGCCGAAGCCAAGAGCCGGAAGGGCGCGGGCUACGAGGAGGCUCCUCGCAGCGAGGACGGCAGGCGCUCCUACCCCUCCAAGUACGACUAUGUCUAG